GACGGUAUUGUUUACACCGUGAAUGAAACCUACUAAAAGUGGAAAUGCUACGCCAUAGCCUUGGACCUGUUUUUAAAACCGAGCUCUUCGUCCGUUUGUAGGCACUCUAAGUUAUUGUACCAUUCAUUUCAUGGUAGCUUUUGGCUCAUAAGAACUGUAAACAUUCCUCUCGACAGGUGUGAGAACAAAAGCACAGCAGUUGUUGGUAAAUACAAUAACGAACAGUGUUAAUUACAAAUUCGCACAAGCACACAAAAUUUCAACGCGAUGGAUGUCUAUUAAAUUUGCGCAACUCAAACUUGUUCUGGACUACUCCUAAUCAACUGGUCCUUCAUCUACUAACUUAAAAGGUUUGGCGUAUACUACUUAAACGACAGCAACGGAGAGGUGCUUUCCUAGACAGUCCUGAUUUUGGACCUCCAAUACACAUACGACUGUUGAGGACAGACAGAAAGAGGGUAUUCUCUAACAUCCAAACUACCAGGAUAAAAAGCCAAUGAAACUAUGGAAAUGGAAGAAUUAAAAGCAGUACAACAGAAAAGAGAUAACUGCGUGAAAGAAGUAAAGGAAGUAUGGAAAUCAGAAACAGAUGAAGCUACGCGUGUCAUCAAAGACUUCAGCGGCUAUACCACCCUGCACGGUUUUCAUUUUGUCCUGGACUCUGCCUCCCGGAUACGAAGGAUUAUUUGGAUCACAUUGAUUUCCCUGGGCAUAUGUGCUCUGUUCUUCCAGUUUCGAGACAACUGGCGCAAAUUACGAAGUUACGAAAGCGUCAUUGGCAAAGAUAUUGAACAUGCUGAGAAGCUUUUGUACCCUGCAAUUACUAUUUGCAACCAGAAUAUGAUGCGAAAAAGUAAAAUUUUGGGAACAGACGCGCAAACAUUUCUAGACCAACAAGAUCAUGUAAAGUUGCAUAUCUUGGGGAAUAAACUCUUGGAAGAAAAGACGAGCCCUGACUUUGAUCCUGGGGAGAGUGUGAUGAAGCACGGUCACAACUUAUCUGAGAUGAUGAAAGACUGCGAGUGGAAAAAUCAACCAUGCACUUCUGCUAACUUCUCCUCUUUUAUAUCUUUCAUGCGGGGGGUGUGCUAUACGUUUAAUUCUGAUCAACGGGGUCACCAAAAGCUUUAUGUGACAACAUCAGGAAAAGUGCAAGCCUUGUCACUUUACUUGGAUGCACAACCCGAAGAGUAUUACGGGCCAUACAGCUACGACGCAACAGGUUUUAAGAUUCUGAUUCAUGAUCAGAAGGACUUGUAUCCAAACAUUGAAGACCUCGCUUUGGAUAUUACUCCAGGGUUUACCACAAACAUACGCGUGCGCAGAAGCAAGAUGGUGAGUCUUCCCGCGCCAUUUAAAUCCGCCUGCAGUGACAAGAACUUGGCAGCUUUCAAAAUGUACUCACAGUACGCAUGUCUAUUGGAAUGUUACACCAACAUAACCUAUGAAGAGUGCGGUUGUCGACUGCUAUCUAUGCCUUCAUUUGGUGAGAACAAAACGAGAUAUUGCUCUGCAAAGGAAAUCUUUACCUGCGUCUUCCCAAAAUAUGGUAAAUUUAAUCCAAAUAGUUGUGCCUGCCCUGUGCCAUGUACGGAGAUACGCUAUCAUGUCCAGGCCUCCAUGGCGUACGCUCCGUCAAAUCACUUAUGGGAGACAAUAUUCCCAAUGUACAACAUGUCAACUAAUAACACAGAGAAAGUUGUCGAGUUCCAGAACUACAUCAGGCAAAGAAUGGCUCAAGUAAACAUUUACUACGAAAGUCUGGACACUGAAGUCACGAAGGAGAAACCCGCGUAUGAUUUUAAUGAUUUUGGAUCGGACGUAGGAGGUAACAUGGGAUUAUUUCUCGGCUGUAGUCUGCUGACUUUGUGUGAAUUCGUUGAUCUGAUUGUGAUUAUGUGUCUUCGUUGCUGGCGAAAGCGGAGAACUGUAGACCUCAAGACAGAUCCAUAUCAGUGAAGAAUUAUUUUGCUUAUUCAAAAACUGCUUAAUGACUCGACAGGUAAUAAAUAUUUACGCUUAUGGAUUGAAGAAAAUACUGAAUCAGAAAACGCGAACACAAAUCAAUUCAGCCUCAUGAUUAAAUUGUUUGAGUACCUUUCUUGUCUGCGCACUGAAAACGCGAUCCAUAUAAACUGAUCGAUGUUUUUUUAUAUAUUUAUUUGAUAAACGUGAUAAAAAAGCAAAAUGUUGUUUGAUAGUGACGUUAUCUAUGCGUCUGUCCUACAAUAGAUCAUAGUCAAAGCCGAUCAAAACGCGUAUAUAAACUAAAUUAAAAACUAUAUUGUAACUCGAGAAAACACCCUAUCAUUUUGCAAUUGAGUACUUUCUGCCAUCGUUAAUGAAAAAAGAGGUUAGAUUUAGAAAGAUCUAGAAAGUUGCACUUUGCUCAUCAGCUUAUGAAUAUCCGUAAAAGCUUAAAUCUGAUUUAUUCAAAUCGAUGCUGAUUAAAAGUGGAGUGCUAGGUUCAGAGGUCGUUAAUGUCAUAGCGAAUGAUAACCCUUCAUAUUAGAUUUGUUUUUAGACUUUUUUUGUAUUUAUUAGAAAAAAAGGAAAUAGAGAGUAUCAGUACUGAUACUGAUACUGAUACAGAACGUUUUAGUCAAUAAGGGAUUUCACAGUCGAUUUCAUGAUUGGAUUCUAGUUUAAAUUUACCUUUUCUUUCUUAAUCAUGCAUUAUGUGGAAGGUUUGUCUGGGAUAGCCUUAAACUCACCACAAUAUCAUAAUAGUUGAACAAACACACCCGUAAAAAAAAUUCUGGGAAAAAGAUGAACUGUUUUCAUGUUUAGGACCAAGGAAACGACAGUGCAUGUUUUCGCUGGCAUAAUGUUAAGCGAAAUUCUGGGUGAGAAUUAAUUAAAUUAAUUAAAAGUUCGUCACUCAGUUUAAUUCAGCGCAAUAUUAAAU